CCCUGGGUCACGAGGCCCCAGCAGGGCCGGAAAGAGCUCUCCUCCACCCCCAUCAGCACGGACACAGCAAGGGGUAUUCAAAGCUGGAGGACAGACCCAAGUGACAUAGGGACCACUGCAUCCAUCCCUGCCUCAGUGUCCCUUCUGCAUGCAACUGGGCACCUCACUCCUAGGGGUGUGCACCCUGGCUGGGAUCCUUCAGUGCCUGGGGGGAUGGAAGGUGAGGCCUUGAGGGGUGAUAGUCAGUCCUGCAUGUGCCGGCUGGGGGCGGGGACUUGAGGCCCGCGCUAGGAGAUCCCCGCCCGCUGGUUUCCUCCGGGGUCAGCCCGGCUCCUUAUCAGGCGCGGCCAGGCAGCCAGGCCCUUAUCUGCACUGGCCCAGCAUCCUCCGGCCGCUGCGCCAGGGGUGAGAGGGAGGAAACCCGGCCGCCAGGGGCGGGGAGAGGGCGGGCGGCCCGGAGCUGCUCACUUUCCCUGGAGGGACCUACCCUGUUGCCACUGCCGCGGUGGCCCUUGGGAGCCAAGGAAGAGGGGCGGCCUGAUGCUGCGGCCCAGACAGGGCCUCCGGCUGCCAGCAGCACGGAGGGGAGCGCAGAGGCCCGAGCGGGUGGCGGUGCCUUGCCUGAAGUCGGAACCGCAUCCUGGACCUGAAGGACAGAGUCACGGCCAUCAGCAGGCAUCUGGAGCAGUGCUGGGGUGAGCACCCCCUCGGGGUCCAUGUGCCCGCCCGAGGCCCAGGCAGAGGUGGGCCCCACCAUGACCGAGAAGGCCAAGAUGGUGUGUGCCCCCAGCCCAGUGCCUGCCCCGCCCCCAAAGCCUGCCUCGCCUGGGCCCCCAAAGGCGGGGGAGGUGGGCCACAGAGGCUCCUCGCCACCCAGGCUGCCCCCUGGCGUGCCAGUGAUCAGCCUGGGCCACACCAGGCCCCCAGGGGCAGCCAUGGCCACCACGGAACUAAGCACCCUCCGUCCCCCGCUGCUGCAACUCUCCACCCUGGGAACCGCCCCACCGCCCCUGGCCCUGCAUUACCACCCUCACCCCUUCCUCAACAGCCUCUACAUUGGGCCGGCAGGACCUUUCAGCAUCUUCCCUAGCAGCCGGCUGAAGCGGAGACCAAGCCAUUGUGAGCUGGAGCUGGCUGAGGGGCACCAGCCCCAGAAGGUGGCCCGGCGCGUGUUCACCAACAGUCGGGAGCGCUGGCGGCAGCAGAACGUGAACGGCGCUUUCGCCGAGCUCAGGAAACUGCUGCCAACGCACCCGCCCGACCGGAAGCUGAGCAAGAACGAGGUGCUCCGCCUUGCCAUGAAAUACAUCGGCUUCCUGGUGCGGCUGCUGCGCGACCAGGCAGCGGCUCUGGCCGCAGGCUCCGCCCCUCCAGGGCCCCGCAAACGGCCGGCGCACCGAGCCCUGGACGACGGCGCCCGCCGCGGGCCUUGUCGCAGGGCCGAGGUGGUGGCGCGCCCGCAGCCCGCGCCCCCAGGCGGCCCCGAUGGCAGCCCCGGUGGGGCGGGCCGACCCAUCAAGACAGAAAAAGCGGCUGUGAGCCCGGAGGUGCGAUGACCUCCACGGUGUCGCCUCUGAGCCGAAGGGCACUGGGAACUCAGCCCAGGGCCGUCCAGGAAGGGGCGGACGAUGCUCAGCGCCUGCUCUGGAGAUGACUCCCCCGAAGAAGGACCAGUGAAGAGUCCCCUACAGGGGAAAGGGCCCGGGGGUCUGGAAGGGCGACCGUCGCCCCCAGGGGCCCUGCAGACCCUUUUAUCGCCCACCGCCCGCUGGAAGUGGCCUUGUCCGCGUACCCCUCCCGGGGGAGGGGUCUGGGAACCAACACGUCAGAGCGGUCAUCGGACCCAAGUGGUGCCGCAUUUUUCUGUGCUGGGGUCACCGAGGGAGGUGGGGAGGGACCGGAGAGCCUACUCCUUUCUCACCGGCGCCCCCUCCCGGAGACUAAGAGAUACGCGCUCCUCGACGGUGGCGGCCGCCGGCCUGGCGGGAGGAGAGAGGCGCAGAAUCCUUGCGGUGGCCCCACCCCACCCAUCCCGAAACUGUCCCGCACGAUCGCGUUAGCGAAGGCUCAGGCGCUCUUGCUUUUGUUUUUCUUUAUUUCUUUAUUUCACAUACACAUUAGCCAUUCAAUGGAGAAGCCGGAGAGAGUCAGGCAAAGAUGGUAUAACAGAAGCGCAGUGACGGGGGCGGGGUGGGGUGGGGCGGGGCGGAGAGGGAACGUACGGGCUGGCUGCCUACUUGCAUUCCGCUAGGACACUGAAAACCCAGAAAACAAAACAGACAGUAAACUACCCUUGUUUCUUAUGUAUCUCAGUGCAGAGACGGGGGUGGAGGGCAGA